AUGUCCACCAAUGAUGAAAAUAUACCAGCACCACCAGAAAUCUCUAUUCAAGGAACUUGCGACCCCAUGGAUCCCAAAACACAAGAAAAAAUGGAUCAAUAUGUGAAAUCAUUUGCCGCUGAACAUGGGUACUUGAUAUCGGUUGGGAAGUCCUACGUUUCAAAGGGGAGAUGUACAUAUCACUGUCAUCGAGGCGGCCUUUGCAAGACUUUGAAGGACUCUUCCAAGGCAAGCAAGUCAUUGAAGAUCAACUGCCCAUUUGCAAUGAAGGCCAAGCUGGACACCAAACAUCAAUAUUGGACGCUCUCCCACACCAACACCAGCCACAACCACCCUCCCAACUUUGACCUCAAAUAUAUACCCCCUGAUGAAAAAAGUUCGAACUCAACCGGUGACAAAAUAGACACCUUUCUGUACUUUCUAUCACAACGUCUCCGACUGCUUGACUCCACUACUCAAAACACCGUUCUUGAUGAAAUUAAGCAAAUUGUUGAAAAACAAGAUGAAAUAAGUCAAUCUCUUAUUCAACCAUUGACAUCCAAAGUGGUUGUAGAGUCCCAAGGUACAAAAUCAACCCACCAGGCCAACUCAACCCUGCUCGAUAUUGAGGAUGGAGAAUCUGAUCAUCCGCAAUCACCAAAAUUGCAGAGUCUUCCGCACGCAAGCUCAAAUGCAGAACCACCCAAUCCGAUGCUUCCAGUUCAUCAUGAGGAGAAAAACCACCCAGCCGAUUCAGACAAUACACCACCUGAUCUUUUUGAUAAUUCACCAACUGGUCUUCUUAACAGUACAACGAGUGACAUUGACAUUACACCAAACGGAGUUGCUAACAAUCCUGCAACAACUAAUACACCAAAUGACUUAAACGAUACACCAAGUGCUGUUCUGACCAAUAAACUGGCUGAUCUUCGUCAUGAUGACGAACCCAAAGACGGAACUCCACAACUGCCAUCUGGAUCCUCAGCAAAGGACAUACAACCACCCGAAACCCAUACCGACCUUACAAAAGGCACCCAAAACACAACUAAGAAGACUCGUAGCCUAAUCCUUGUCAGCACCUUGAACGAGCGUCCUCGCACACGCAAACAAGUACGUGAGCAGGUACAAGACUUCCCCAAGGCUGUAACCCGUACAAGGAAAUCAAAGCAAUGA